UCCGCUUAAUAAUUCACAUAUCAAGACAUUCUUCGGAUGCUGCAAGAACAUCGAAGACGAAUAAAUAAAGGAUUGUACAAAAAAAACUGACAAGAAAUCUGGAAAUUCAAGUUUUAGCGGAAGAUUGACCAAGCUCAGAGCGGUUACAAUACGGUUUUGAAAAACGGAAUUUUAGUUUAGGUUCGACUUUUAAGACGAUCGGUUGAAUUCGUGUACGUUUAAAGCUGAAGAUCGCGCAGAGUAUCUCAGGAAGUGAAAACCGGAAGCAACGAUGAAGGCAUUUAUUUGUGUGGCAGUUUUGGCGGUUUUCGUCUGCGCAAUCAAUGCUGAAAAUCAAGAUGCCGAGUUGCGUAACAAGGAGCACGAUGCUGCCACUUACGAGGAAAUCCGAGUCGAAUCUUCGCUGAAUGUGAGGAAAAACAAUCCGGUCGCCCGGAGACGGGUUCGAAGUGUUGCGGAAUUACUGCUGAGACCCAAGCGUCAAUUCAACUUUGGUGCGGCCAGUUCACAAGCCAAUGCUAACGCGUUCAACCAGCAAUUCGGACCCAACGGAUUUGGAGCAAGUGCUGCCAAUGCUGGAGCGCAAUCCUUCUUCAACCAGGGACCUGCGGGUGGAUUCGGAGCCUCCGCUGCCAACUCAGCCUCCCAAGGAUUCCAUGCUGGACCCGGAGGAUUAUCGGGAUCAGCCGGACAGUCAGGAAGUCAAUCGUACAAACUGCCAGGAAAUCAUGACAUCAGCCUUUCGUAUACUGGAGGAUUCUCGGUUGUUGACGGCAAACCAAGCGUUUCCCAAGGAAACUCCAUUAGCUUCACAUAAAGAACCGACUGUUUUUUUAGGUUGGUAUAAACGGAAUCAGCAGAAAUUUUUGGUGAUUUGAAAGAAGUAAUAAAAUUAGGAAAACUAAUCAAA